AUGGCCGGUGGCUUCCUCCCAUAUCACGAACCGGGAACUGUCGAGAUCCUCAUCAUUGUUUCUUUCUUCUUUUUCCUUUCCCUUGCAAAAUGGGUCUCCGCCAAGGUAAUUCAGGCCGGAAUUAUAGGCCAAAUCGCCGUCGGCAUCAUCUACGGUGUACCGUUGGCCAAUAUCCUUGAACAUAACUGGCAAGAGACAUUUCUCACCUUAGGAUAUGUCGGCCUGAUUCUGAUCAUUUUCGAAGGCGGUCUUGGCACUCGUGUCGAUCUUCUUAAACAGAAUUUCGUUUUGAGCAUGAUAGGCGCAGCAACUGGCGUCUUAUUUCCUAUCGGUCUUUCAUACCCUUUGCUCUAUCUUGGUUUUGGAUAUGGUGCGGUUGAGACCUUCAUCAUUGGCGCGUCGCUUUCCGCUACUUCACUGGGGACCACAUUUGCUGUGAUCAGCUCUGCAUCAGGUUCGGUCAAUCUCGCCGACACCCGAGUAGGCUCAAUUCUGGUGAGCGCUGCAGUCAUUGACGAUGUUGUCGGACUUGUUAUGUUAAGUGUCAUUGCCGACUUGGGCAAAAUUUCUGGGGGCGAUGUCAAUCUCGGCUGGCUUAUUGGGCGUCCCAUAGUGGCAUCGAUAGCUAUGGCUGUUGUAACGCCCAUCGUCACCAAAUGGGUCUUUGCACCUUUUUUCCGAACAUUCAUUGAAUACCACUUUGCGCAAUUCGACCAUAUCUCCAACAUCAUCCUUAUGACCCUUGUUCUUUCGGCAUUCAUUGCCAUCGCUGGAUUUGCUGGUACAUCAGUCCUGUUUGGUGCCUUUCUGGCAGGUGUAUUUAUCACAUACCUACCGAGCAAGCACCCCGAAGGACCAUUUGUUGUCAUGAGCCGCGAAGAAGGCGAGCGCGAAGCGGAUAAAAGUCCCACUUUUAUCCAUACCUUUGAGAAAUAUCUCUUAGGACCCCAACAGUAUUUGAUGGAGCCUUUAUUCUUCUCAAGUAUCGGAUUCGCCAUUCCAUUCGUGCAGCUGUGGACAGGGAAACGAAUUUGGAGAGGUGUGGUUUACACCCUCCUCAUGGCAUUCUCAAAGUGUGUGGUCGGAAUCUGGGUCCCCAUAUGGCAACUCUUUGGGGGAAGUAAAUCUCCCAACAAGGAGUCACAUGGACAGCAGAAAAGACAGGGACAACCAGAAAAUGAGGACAGCAACAUAAGCCUCGAAGAAAAAAGCAAGCAAGAGAAGGGGAAACGGUGGAACGGGGCCUGGCUCGCUGCAGUACUUUUAGGAUCUGCGAUGGUAGCACGCGGUGAGAUUGGGCUUUUGAUCAUCGAAAUUGGACACAACGAAACUCCGUACGUUAGUGAUGACGGUUUCAUCACUGGCGUUUGGGCCAUUCUUUUAAACACCAUCAUUGGCCCAGUUACCGUUGGUCUACUGGUUCGAUUCCAUGCGAAGAAGAUUGAAGAGGGGGAAUGGGGAGUACAGGAGGGUUCUAUGCCUGUCUCGAACGAGGCUAAUGGACAUGGAGGGGUAUAG